AGAAUUCGUACGGCACUGCUAGAACGAGUACGAGUAGAGACAUUCGACUCGAACAUUCCAAAAAGAAGUCCAAGGUACUGCAAUACUCAACAAAACUCACCAUCACAUUAUUAAUCAGCGAAAAAUGGGUGCAUUGAGAAGGGAGAGAACAAACCCGGAACGCAAGUCCCGGCGCCGCCGGAAGACUCUUGACAUWAUUUUUUUGGCAAUUCUCUUGUUUGGUUGCGUGUCGGUGGCGACGAUGACUCUGUACGGCCAUCGCUCCGUGCAUUACGAAGAUCAUGGAUCUACUGCAAAUUAUGCAAUGCUGGCUGCGUUUGAAAACAAUUACAUCCCCGACCUUUCAAAAAGGAUAGGAGGCUUUCCUGUAUCACCAACAUUGACCUCUAUCACAGAGGCACCAGAAAUCUAUAGCUACGACGUCAGAGACAAUGACCAAGAUGGUGACAAUCCAUACAACCAAGGGAAAGACAACAAUAUCGAAAACGACGACGACGACGGUCUCGAUGACAUCACCAAGAAACUAACUCCAGAAGAAAGAUACAACCAAUUCAAGCUSGAUGUCUACAACAGCAGCAAGAACAUUCCAAUCUUCUACAAUCUCUUCGUUGGCAACGAAUUUGACGCUCCUCGGGUCAAUCAAAUAGUGUCGGAGCAAUUCAGGAACGUUCUUCCAAUUCAUAAACCCAUUUACGUCAAUUCGAUUGGCASCCCCCUCGAUUUUAAUUCGCGUGACACCGUGCACAAUGUCCCUCCACUAAACACCACCAAAAAUCCCGUGGAGAUCCUCGGCUACUACAAGACUGCCGCCGAACACAUCACGCUCAAAACGCUAUGGGACUAUUGCCGGAUACCAGAAAAUGCAAACCGAAGGGUUGUAUACCUGCACAGCAAGGGAAGUUAUACCGCAACUAUCGACAACGGAAAACUCAGGCGCUUUUUGACCUCCGGCGCUCUCUCGAAUGAAUGUGCCACCAUGCCCAAGGACACAUGCAAUGUUUGCUCGUCUCGUUUUUCGCCCGUUCCUCAUCCCCAUACCUCGGGGAACAUGUGGAUGGCUCAUUGUAGCUACGUGAAAAAGCUCAUUGAUCCGGAACAAUUCGAGGAGGCGAUGGAAGGAUUGCAAUACGKGGGCGGUUACGACUUCUUAGCGUGUGAUGGAAGAGGCCGUUAUUCGGCCGAGCAUUGGAUUCAUUCGCACCCGACUGUCAAGCCAUGUGACCUCUAUAACAGUGCAAAUUUUACAUGGAACUACGAUGGAGUCCCAACCGUGAACCAAUUCAAGGCCAAUAUGGAACUGAAGGUUGCUCCUCGGUUCGAACUGGAAGCCUUCCUAAAAACGAAGAUUCGUAUCUGUACCRGCCGGGGAGCGUCCAAGAACUUUCGUAUAAAAGAGUACAUCGGUUUGUACAAUGAAUAUCCGGAUUCAGAUUGGUGGGGGCAUAACUUUUUGAAGGAUCAGGAAGACUGGUGGCCCCACCGCGAUUAUGGUUGGGCACAGUUGCCCCAAACCGUWAGAAACAAACUCAUCGAAUUUGGAUUCGAUGAUCACCUCUGGACAAUCCGUCAUCACCCCUAYAGACUAUGGGGRAAAACAUGGCACGAACUCACAUCCCAAGAUCGACAAACGUUGACCGAUGUCUUUGUAUACACCGAAGAAACAUGGAACAAUGAAAUCAAAUCGGAAGAGACCGAUGCAAACCACAUCUUAGAUUCCGUWAGAAGGUUUGAACCAAAUCUGUCCUUCGAUCGCUGCAACACGGACAAAGAGGGAAGGGACAGCACUACCGGCAACAAGGUAAAACCAUGGUACCCGAGAAAAGAAGAAAAUGAAAACCGACCRCUCAAGUCUUUUAUCUACGAAGCCUCCACAAAGCCACCCAACAAGAAACGUCUUUUGAUCAUUGCAGCAGUCCCCCGUGACGAAACCCACCUUCUUACUUUGUGGAGUGAAUUAGAGUGCUUUGCAGAAUCAGUAGACCAUGUUUUGAUCUCAGCUCCAAUGUGGGGCCAAGUCUACAUUGAGCAUAUCAUACUCCUCGCAAAAAAAUACAUUCCGCAUUUCAUYAACGGAAAGGUGACAAUGGAAGGAAAAUACUUUGUGAACAACCGGUAUGACGUCGGAUUAUGGUGUGAUGCCUACGAGAGUUUGGACUCCUAUGGAACAUAUGAUGAAUAUGGAUUGAUCAACGAUUCUGUCUAUGCUCUUCGCAAGUUUUCUGCUGUGUUUGAUAAUCUUGAACACAAAAACGUUUCUCUUUCAUCUUUAUCCCACUCAUACAGUGCAAAAUGGAACAUAGAUUUUGGACCGCAGUACUAUUGGGUGGAGAGUGUCUACCGUGCGUUUGACCGGAAUGGUAUUCAAAUAUUUAAUGACCACUCUUGUGUUCCAGAAGACAAUCCCAAGUUUUGUCCUGAAGAAGAGAACAACAAGGCUUGUAUCAUCAACAACUUUGAACACGAUCUAGCCAAUGAAUACGCCUGUGACAAGGUUGCUGGUGUAUAUCCAGCUGAUUCGGUGGGAGCUUUGGUCCCGGAGGACAUGCGCGUGGCAACAUGGAUUAAAAACAUAGGCUAUUGGAGAAUGCUAGUGGAUCAUAUGGGAUUUCCAGUUGCCAAGGCUAACGAACGGGAGCAGGUUGCAAUCCAAAGCACCCUCGAGGAAAAGAUUCUUUCAUGGCAGAACAACCCUUUGCUGAAGACUUGUACAUCCCACAUAAUGGAUCGACUAGAUGAGCUCUUUAACAAGGAUCUCCCGACCUUCAAAUCUGCGAAACCCUUCUUCAAGCGUCGGUGGGUAAACCUACCCCCCAAUUUACAGGAAUUGGCGGAGAAAACUCUUGGCUACAACGAGAAAAUAUGGAACCGUGCAAAUGACUCACCAAUUCUUGCUGGGAAGAAGUGGAAAGACCUUACCGUAACACAGCAACAAGCCUUGCAAAAAUUGGAAUGCUCGAUGCUUCAAUACAAUCAAGAUGGUUGCCAUGUGCCAAUGCGCGCGCGUUUGAAAAUGAUGAGGCAAGGGAUAUUUAAGUAGGGCGACUCUGCAAUAACGGAACCAUACCAUACUAUAUUGAUCGUUGGGUUCAUUUUACUUAGAACCAGGCGGUAUUCCUAUCUUUCUAAURUGCCACCACUGAAUUGAAGCUCCUGCCAAAGUUACAGUUACUUCCCUCAAAACACUCCGACUACAGAGAAGCACAAAGUGAUUGCAUCAUUGGGGGGCUCGGCUCUUUGCUUGGUUGUACUGCUCCAAGCCGAAGAUGAAGUGAAUCUCACCCAGAGGCCAGUAGCAAAGAGCAAGCACAAACGGAAGUAGAUGCAAGUAAGGAGCACGGAAAACACCAGUCCUAUUAGAAGGAAUGCACUCAAUCACCCAAAUGAGAAAAUCCAAAAUCCAAUGGGGAAGGGGGGGGGUCUGAUUAAAUUUCAAAGAGGCAUUGUGACUACCCCCUCCUCAGGCAUCUUGUAACCAUACUCCAUUCCAUACAUCUUUUGCGUUAUCCUCAUUCCAAUGAAAUUCCAAUGAAAAUGAAACAUUCUAGUAAUAAUAAUACUAGUUCAGAUGACAGAAUGAUUACGAAGAUGGAAAUAGUCCUCAAAAAUUAACAAAACUCCUGUACGCGAAUAGUAUGUACUCGUAUCGUUUACAGAUUGUACGACAAUAYCGUAGGACGGUUCGAGUACGUUAGGAAUUAGGAAUCCUCCGGUUGAUAGCUGGACUUUAAACGCACUUCACUGUAGUACCGUAGAUACGGCUCUUUGUACUACGAGUACCAGUACUGAACGGAAGGAUCUUUGUUUUGGUCUUGCGAUGUGUGCAUGUGAUGGUCAUGAAACACUUCAUACCCUGUUACUGUUGAUAUUAUUUUCAUUUGUCAAAGGACACGCUGUACAUCUUUGCAAAUCGGGAGAGGCAAGACGAAACAAAAUGUCGGACGAUUGGUGCACUAUUGAGAGUGACCCGGGGGUCUUCACCGAAUUGCUUACAGAUCUUGGCUGCACUUCCGUUCAAUUGGAGGAACUCUGGAGUUUAGACGACGAGAGCUUGGAGGCUCUGAACAACACGGCAGAGAUCUACGGUCUCAUAUUCUUGUUUCAGUGGCAAUCGAAAUCUGACUCCGAGGCGCUGUCUGCGUCGGAAGACAAAAACGAGCCGCUGAGCGAAGAACAAAUCCCUCCCGGCCUCUUUUUUGCACACCAAGUCACAACCAACGCCUGCGCUGUAAGGUUUCUUUUGUUACGAUCGUCGGCGCGGCAGCAUACUGUGGGUUGCGUUGCACUACGAACAACUCAACUCGAACAAUCACACAACUUUUCCGACACUCGUAGCUAUUCUGUUGCUCACUAACGCUCCUUUUCUCUUUAUGCUUGUUGUUUUGUUCUCUGUUUCCUCUUUCCCGAUACUUUUAGACUCAAGCCAUUUUGUCGGUCAUCUUAAACCAGAGGGACGACGUUGAGUUGGGGUCCACUUUGAAAGAAUUCAAAGAUUUUACUGCAUCCUUUCCUCCGGGGUUGAAGGGAGUUGCAAUUUCGAGUAGCGAAGCCAUUAAAAAAUCUCACAAUGCGUUCGGCCGCACCGAUGCUUUUUUGAACGAUGGAAAAUAUGUUUCUCGACAGAAUCAGUCGGAGGACGUCUUUCACUUCGUAGCAUACAUUCCGCAUUCCGACGGGAAUGUCUACGAGUUAGAUGGCUUGCAGUCGGGACCCAUCGUUGUAGGAAAGUAUUCAGACGAGGAACAAAAAGACAAUACUGCAAAGAGUACGAAAUGGCUACCUGUCGCUAGGGAAGCCAUCCAAAAAAGAAUGCAAGGUGACGCGAUCAAAUUCAAUCUGAUGGCUGUGACGAAAGACAAACGAUUGGGAUUGAAGGAAAAGAUCGAAAAGAAUCCGACCGAUGGGAGCCUGAUCCACCGUUUAAACAUGGAAGAAGAAAAAAGGAAGCAGUGGGCAUUGGAAAACCAACGCCGGCGCCACAAUUUUGUWCCUCUUUGCGUCUCGAUUCUCAAGGAAUUGGCGCGUGCCAAUUGCUUACCAGAAUUGGUAGAACAAGCAAAAGACCGCAAAAGACAAAAGAUUGUUGGCAAAAAAUGAAGGAACGAAGUCUUCGUAACGGCAAAAYUGCUGUU